AUGCGCUGUGGCGUUGGGGGGGGGGGUGGCCUCGAUCACCGGAGGCCGCUUCCCCCACCCGCACGGCUGCGCAUGCGCAAACUGCGUCCGUCCUCGCGCCUGGUGCUGCAGCGCGUGCACGACACCGUGAACGGGGGGGGCCACGAGGAGGGGGGGGGAGGGGGGGGGUCCAACCCUACCCCCCCCCGCUUCCGGGACCCGCUGCUGCUGCUGGGGCUGGGCCCCGAGGAACCGGAGGGGGGGGGACACCCCGACUCCUUCCCCCGCCCCCCCUGGAGCCCCCUCCUCGCCCAUUACGAUGUGCAGAGCAUCCUCUUCGACCCGGCCGAGGCCCCCCCCGGCCCCCCCGCCCCCACGUCGGGGGCCUCGGCCGCUCACUUGGAGCCCGAGGACCCCCCCGACCCCCUUGGUGGGGGGGGGGCUGCCCCCCCCUCCCCACCCCCCCCCGAGGCGCUGGUCCUGAGCUGCCCCCGUUUCUGCUGUGAGACGGGGGGGGAGGAGGAAGUGGGGCUGGGGGGGGGGUUGGGGCCGCCCCCCCCCGGGCACCUCCCGAACGCGGCCGUGGCUGUGCUGGAGGAGCCCCCGGCGGGGGCCCGACCCCCCCACCCCAUAGAGCACAGCGAUAGCGGCGCCUGCUACUACCGCAAGUACUUCUAUGGCAAGGAGCACCAGAACUUCCUGGGGGAGGACCCAGUGCUGGGGCCUGUGGCCGUGUCCCUGAGGAGGGAGGAGAAGGAAGGACCGAGGCCCCUGGUGCUGCACCGCAUCAUCCUGCGCACCAGUGCGCUGCGGGCGCUGCGGGGCUCGGUGCUGGAGGAGUCGCUGCCCCCCAGCGCCCGCCCCCCCGGGGCUCGGGGGGUGCCCCCCCGCACGCUGCUGGAGAUGGUACUGCCCGGGCUGGGGGUGCAGGGGCUCAGGCUGGCCCCCCCCGGAGCCCCCGUGCCAGAGACCCUGCUCAAGCUGGAUGAGCAGGGGCUGUGCUUCCAGCGCAAGGUGGGGGUGCUGUACUGCCGGGGGGGGCAGGGCUCGGAGGAGGACAUGUACAACAACGAGGGGGAGGGGCCGGCGUUCACCCAGUUCCUGGCGCUGCUGGGCACCCGUGUGCGCCUGCGCGGAUUCCCUCACUACAGAGCGCAGCUCGACACCCGCACUGACUCCACGGGCACCCACUCCCUGUACACCACAUACCACGGCUAUGAGGUGAUGUUCCACGUCAGCACCAUGCUGCCCUUCACCCCCAGCAACCCCCAGCAGCUGCUGCGGAAGAGGCACAUCGGGAAUGACAUCGUGACCAUCGUGUUCCAGGAGCCGGGGGCUAAGCCCUUCUCCCCCCGCGCCCUCCGCUCCCACUUCCAGCACAUCUUCCUGGUGGUGCGAGCCCACGAGCCCUGCACCCCCCGCACCUCCUACAGCGUGGCCGCAGUCCGCCCACAGGACACCCCUCUCUUCGGUCCCCCGUUGACCCCGGGGCAGCGGUUCGAGGGGGGCUCAGGGCUGCGCGAGUUCCUGCUGGCCAAGGCCAUCAACGGCGAGAACGCGGCGGGCAGGGGGGGCCGCCUGGGGGCCAUGGCCGCGCGCACCCGACACCAGUACCUGCGGGAGCUGGCGCGCGUGCACGGCACCGGCCCCCCCCCCGCCGCCCCCCCCCGUGCGCUGCUCCCGACGCUGGGGGGGGGCAGGCGGCGGAGGGAGCGAGCGCCGGGGGGGGGGGGGGCAGGCGCGGCCCCGCCGGGGGCUCUGGUGUGGGGGGCGCGCGCCCGGCGCGCCCCCGAUGGCCCCGACGUGCCCUGCCUGCUGGGGGUGGCCGCAGAGAGGCUCGUGCUCGCGGCCCCGCGGGGGGGGCCCGGGGUGCUCUUCAGCUGCGCCUGUAGGGACGUCCUGGGCUGGACCUUCGCUGAGGGGAGACUCGAGCUCUUCUAUGGGGCAGGGCAGUGGAUUGGGCUGCGGCUGCCCCAUGGAGCUGCCGCGGAGGUGGUGGGCAGGCUGCAGGGGGUGACUCGCGGCUGUGAGGCUCAGGAGCUGUCUCUGCCGCGGGGGGCCGGGGGUCACCCGGGCUUCUCGGUGGACGCCGCCGGGGUCGUGACCUCCGUGACCCGGUUCUCGUUCGCCGAGACCGCGGGGCUGCGGCCGGGGGCGCGCGUGCUGCGCGUGGCCGCGCGCCCCGUGCACGCGCUCCGGCCCCGCCCCCUGCGCGCGCUCCUGCGCCGACCCACGGCCCCCAUCACCGUCCUGCCCCCCGACCGCGACGGGCGGCCCCGGAGGAGUUACUCGGAGCUGUUGGCUCUGUCCCUGGAGCGGGGCCGGGGCGCGGGGGGGGGUCCCGGGAACAGCAGCGACUCCGAGGGCAGUGACAGCAGCGGGGGGGGGGAGGGGCCCCCCCCGGGGGGGCUGCGCCCGGAGACCCUGAGGCUGCUGCAGUCACUGCUGCCUGAGGAGCCCGAGCCCCCCCCCAGCGCGCAGCCCCUGGCUGAUCCCACCCCCGACCUCCUGCUGCCGCAUCACAGCCCCUCCCCCCCCGGGGACAUGGCAGCCCCCCCGGACACCGCCGGCCCCAUGACCCCCCCCGGACCCCCCCACGUCCCCUCCCUGCGGCACUCACUGGGCAGAUUGCUCUCAGGGACUGGGGAGCCACAGGAGGAGGAGUGGGAGGCAAUCGCCCGCCUGGCCACAGCCUGCAGCAGCAUCCUGGAGGCACUGGAGAGGGGGGGGCAGCAGCUCCCAGAGCCCCCCAGCACUGGGGCCCAGCAGAGCCUGAGCCAAGGGAGCCCUGAGGAUGAGUCCCGCAGCCUCUCGGAGAAGGUGGCACAGUUGGAGGCGAUGCUGAAGAGGCUGCAGGAGGAUCUGCAGGAGGAGCAGGAGGCUCAGCAGCGGCUCCAGGCUGAGGUCCGGACCCUGCGGCUCAGUAACCGGCGGCUGCAGCAGGAGCAGGAGGAUGCUGCAGCUCAGCUCAGCCGAGUGACGCGGCUGCUGCAGCCCCCGGGGCCCCCCCCGGGCCCGUAGGGGGCUCACGGGACCCCCCAGACCCACAUCUAUGGGGCAGGGCCACGAUCGCACCCUGGGCACGCUCAGUGCAUGCGGACAAUGCACCCCCCACA